CCCCCCCCCCCCCCCCCCCCUAGGAGAGGGUGAGCAGCUGUGGAAGCGGAGCGGAGCCCACCACUCCGUCGCGGGUCAGGCAGUCUCGUAGAAUGUGUGUGUGUUCAGGACACACUGCCUCCGGCUGUAGUCGUACCACACACCGCUGAACUUCUCCACCGCCGCGGGAUACGCUCUGCCAAGAGGGCUUGAGUGCACACACACCAACACAAUCUCACACACACACACACACACACACACACACACACACACACACACACACACACACACAUACACAUACAGGCACGUGCAUAGACACCAACUGCGGAGCCAUGGGCUGUGGCCUGCGUAAGCUGAAGCCGGUGUCGGAGGAGAGCAGCCCGGGGAAGAUCUACUCCACCCUGAAGAGACCCCAGGUGGAGACCAAGGUGGGCGUGGCCUACACCUACCGUUACCUGGACUUCCUGAUCGGCAAGGAUGACGGGACGUCCACCCUGCGGCUGUCCUCGGUGCGGGAGCUCCCCAGCCAGCUCCAUGACCUGUACCAGCAGGGCUUCGUCCUGGCAGCCGUGCACCCCUUCAUCCACCCCUGUGGCCCCGAGUCCAACAGCCCCCAGCACCAGCUGUACCGCGCCAUCCUGGUCCGCCUCAACGACGGGGUGGAGAGGAGCCAGCAGACCUGCCCUCCACACCGCCUCCACCUGGAGGAGUGUCUCCCUGCCGACCAGGUCCCCACCCCCGAGCUCAUCCAGGGCUACGUCAAGAAGCAGGUCCAGGACGCUGCCGACCAGGGCGUGAGGUUCGUGGGCUUCGUCCAGGAGCCGUACGGGGCCCCGUGCACCCGGAUCAGAGAACCGGAGACGCCCUCGCUCUCCCUCCACUCCAGCCCUAGCUCGGUGCUGGGCUCCCUGGGCAGCUGCAGCCCGCCGGAGCCCUCCAGCCCCGGAAACCAUGGCGGAGGACCGGGGGUCAUCCUGGAGGAGGUGUCCGAUGCCAGGCGCCCGGAGAGCCCGAUCGGGGAGGGGAAGGGGGUGCAGAGCGACGGAGAGGGAGAGGGAGAGGAGCUGACUGAGAACACUGGAACGGACGCGGGGAGCAGCGUCGAGGGAGGACCCAUGGACACCUCCUGCUCCUCUCCCGAUCAGGAGCGCACCGAGGAUAAAGAGGAGGGGAAGGAGUCACUGGUGCAGAACAACAACAGGACCAACGCCGGGGACGGCAAGGGGCGGCCGCGCUACCCGCGCCACCGCAGAGGAGACGGGGUGGAGCUCCUGGCCCUGUUCAACCACCCGCCGGCGCGCGAGGGCCAGGCCAAGUACUACACAGUGAAAGUCCCGCUGAAGGUGCAGAACCGGGACGAGGGCGUGAAGGGGGUAGAGGCCAACUGGCUGGACUACAUGACCCAGCACUUCAACAACGGCGCCUCGCUGGUCGACGGCUACUUCCACCUGGGCGGCGACAACGACCUGCUGCCCAUGUCGGUGGAGAGUGUGUUCAUCUUCCAGGAGGCCAGUGAGACGGAGCCCAGCACGCCCGCCCCCGCCUACGACGCCAUCGUGGUCGAACAGUGGACCGUCAUCGACGGUUUGCAGGUGAAGGCAGACUACGUUCCUCUGCUCCAGUCACUGGCUACGUACGGCUGGAGACUGACCUGUGUGUUGCCCACGCCCGUCAUCAAGACCAAGAGCGAUGGAAGUCUGUCCACCAAACAGAUUGUUUUCCUGCAGAGGCCCGUCCUGAGCAGAAAGAAGAGGGAGCCCAAGAAGCUGAUCUUCAAGUCCCGAAGCAAGACGAACAAGAAGUGCAUGAAGGAGGCCGCCUCGGCAAAGUACAAGAAGAAGAAUAAACCUGGAGCGUCGACCGGAGUGAAGGACCUGGAAGAUCCCAAGAUACACGCAGAGGAUGGGGAGAAGGAGGCGAUGCGGGCAGCAGCUAACCAAGAUGGCGGCGGGAGCCCCAGCCAGAAGCCGGAGCAGGAGAGAGAGACCAGGAAGGAGCGGGAGAAAGAGGAAGAAGAUAGGAAGAUGGACAGCGAAAUCAAGGUGUCUGUAGAGGAGACAUGCAAGCGGGAGGCAGGAGAGGUCCAGCCGGAGCACAAGGGAGGAAGAGAAAACGGCAAAGAAGGGGAAGAAGAAGAAAAGGAGACGAUUGAGGAAGAGGAGAAGAACAAGGAAAGCCCACAGGAAAGGGAGGCAGCGCAAAGAACAGAUGAGCCGUUACAAAAUGGAGAGGUCGCCUCAGACAUAGUACCGGACACGGAAAGAUCUGAGGAAAGAUCUGAGGAAAUCCAGGGGAGCGCGGUGGAGGUGGUGGUGGUCGUCAAUGGGCUGCGAGAAGACGACGAGAUGGAAGACGAUGACGAAGGGCUCCUCACUAAACUCCCGGAGACGACAGAGGAAGCAAUCACCAGAGAACCUUUGGCAGAGGCCGAUCCGACCAAUCAGAGCCCGGAUGGAGCUCAGUAAACCUUCCCUGGCAGCCAAUGAAAGUUAUUCCCCCCCCUCCUACCUCUUAAACAGCCUAUAUCUGGAGAAUAGGUUGAAGCCCUGUAACGUAAUCUCAUCCCCAACCCCACCCUGCCCGAUCCUCAAAGUCAUUCUCCGAACACCGCCGCUGUGUCCUUUGACUUGCUUAACACACAAGUAUCCCUGCUAUCGGCCACGCUUAGCCCACCCCUGGAACCGAUUUCCUGCAGCCUCAGAGCCCCGCAAUCUGUACGAUGACCCUCAAGCCCACAGCAUUACACAUACUGAAUGUACCCGGGGGAAUACCUAGUUAGGAUCACCAUUAGGAUCCCACCACCUUGGAGAAAAGAGAAGCCGAUUGUACAUGACGGUUCACAAUGAAGGUUGAGCGUGUAACAAGGCACUAGUCCUCAGAAUACCGUGACAAAGACCUUGUCAACCUGGUCCCGUUAUACACGGCAGAGAUCUGCCUUCAGGGCGAUCUGCCAGAAAGCCCUGAACCAACAGUUUCUUUAGGAAGUCAGGUGACGUAGUAGGAAGAUUGACCUAGUGCAUGAAGGAGAGAGGGGGUCUUGAUGGAUGAAUGGGUCAAACAGGGGUUAGGAACCCCUGAAGGCAGACUUCUCCCAAGUGCCGGGUGCACCACAGUGGGGUCACAGGAGAGGUUUGGUUGGAGGAGCAAAAUAACUCUCGAGAGGACGAUGGUGCUAGCUGUUCCGUUGCGACAAUCCAAAGUGAAGCGAAGUUACGUUUACGAUAAGCUCGAAGCUAAGUGCUGCAGAGUGGGAACGCCCGAUAAUCAGAUUGUUAUGUUUUGGUGGCUCACCUUGCAUUAAGAAUGUUCCGGUCAAACCGAGGUAGAUCAAGAUGUGGCGAAAAAACACAUCGGAAUGAGUGUGGUGUGUGGAAAGGAAAUGUUUUUUUUAACCCUUAUUUCAUGACUUUUACGAUCAAUUUACAAGAUAGAGAGAAUGAGAGCAAGAGAGAGCAAGAGAGAAAGAAUCGAGUUUGUGAGCAAGAGCCGGGCAUUAGGCGGUUCUAUAAAAGAAAAUGAAUAGGCCAAUUUAAAAAUAACAGCAGUUUAUAUACCGCAUUCCAUCUCAACGUUUAUUUGAUUAUUUUCUCCACAGCUUGUUAAGCACCUCUUAAUAGGCAUAAUUUCUGACAAUAACAGAGUCAUAAUGUGAUGUUUCGCUGUAUCGUGUUGCUUUCCAUUUUAAAAAGGAUGUGUCGACAUUGAUGCUAUGAAGCGCUCAUAAGCCUGCUAAUGGCUUUUGUCGGCGGGGUAUCUGUCAGAAAUCAUACAUUUAUAAUAGGGGUCACGUAUGGGAGGGGAUCCAAAGAGGAUAUUUACAGCAAAUCACAGCUGAACUCAAUGGCUGGAGAAUAACAAAUAUUUCUGUUAUAAAUGAGAAUAGAUAUAUUUCAACGACAGCGCUACGGAAAAUGCACAUUCAUUCAUUACAUACGUUAUUUUAUUUUUAUUUUUUUAUGCUGUAUGAUUAUUAUAUUUUUGCCCAAUUAACAGGGCUGCACUUGAAAAUAUGCAUUUUAUUUUGGAUUUGAAGGUUUUACUUUUUAUUGUUGCUUUUCUAGUUUCAUUAUGGAAUGGACAUUUGUUUGAACAUUGUAACAAAAUCGGCCCGAUUCCUGUAGCUACUAUUAACUGCCACCAGCCACCACGGUUGAAUAUGUAGACGUCAUUUUCUUCAAAGGCACGACAUAAAGUUAAACAUUAUUUGUUCUCGACAUAAGAGUAUUGUGUUGAUAUUUUGAAGGUAUGCUUAAUCGUUUCCUGAUAAAUGAAGGUUUGAGGGGAAAAAAAGGGUUGAACCGAAGGUCAUCCUUGUGUUUUUGUCCAUAUACAUUUACGAAGGUUUUGAUCCAUAUUUCAGAUGUGUACCACUUAAAUGUUUGUUUUUUUUAUUGUGAAUGUUCUGCUUUUCAGUUGAAUCGGUCAAGCGACCACUGUGACAGAGUGUGACCGUCAGAAGGAAGGAGGUUCAGUGCUGCCUGCGCCGUUUCUGCUCUAAACGUGCGGAUAUUUCUGAUGGCCUGUACCUUUAGCUAUACCUCCUCAAGGGUGGCUCCAUCCCGCGUGUGGGUGGGUGGGAGGUCAUAACUAAUGGCAAACAAGGUCAGGGGGUCACUGUUGAAAUCAGAGGGGACUUUUUCAACAGCUGUAGACCAGGGUCUUUUGUGCUGGCACAACGUAUAACCACUCUUGAUAUGCAGUGAAGAUAGUAGCUCAUUCCGUAAUAUAUAAUUCUGUGGUAUUUUAUCUUGCGUUUAUUUUUCCCUUCUGCGUUUGUGUUUGCUUUGGGAUAUUUCCGCAGUAAUAAGCACUUAUUUUGUCAAUGACACGUAUUUUUGCGUCUUGCGGCACAGCUGGGAAUCAGUGUGACUUGUCAGGUCCCAUCAGUUGGGCUAGUGUUUUUUUGGUUGGAGACUACAACAAAUAUGAAUUAUGGAAGGCAAUAUCAAAAGACCCAUUCCAACAGCUGCAGUAAUCAUUAUGGAUAACCCCCCCCCCCCACUCACCCACCCCUCCUGCUGAAUCUCGGAUCAGGUUAUUUCUUCAGAUUUAAUCAUGUUUUUCAUUUUUCUCAGGAGUCAAGAUAACUGUCAUCUCUCUUCAUGAAUAUGAAUGCGUUGCUAUCAGUAUUCUGCCUUACGUACAAGCGAGUCGGAAACAAAAGCCUGCUGCCGGUGUUUCACAUCUGUGGCGCAUAUUCUGACAUUCAUUCCCCUUUGACAUUUAGCUUUGGGGAGAAAACAAAAGUGUUUGGAAAGAUGGGCAAAUCAGGAGGUUGUGAUAUUCAACACAAACCCAUUUCCUCUUUUGUAGCAGAUUUUUUUUUCAGCCCCUUCCGUCAGAUGGGGACGGACGCGACCUUAACCCUACCUUAACGCAAAGAAUCGGGGUCAGAGCUCAGCUUUCCCUCCCCAUCCAGAGCAGUUUGCUACCUUAGGUCAAGAUGUACAGGGUUCCCGUCUCUCAAUGCUUAUUGGCUAGCAUGACCUUCCAAUGAGAACAAUCAGUUGUGUCCUGUUUAAAAAUAUUGAAAUAAAAAAAUAAACAAUGGAAAAACACAUUUUGAACAGAGCUACACCAAUGCUUCAGCAGCUACGUAUACAACCGCAACCAUGUAUUCUUUCGUGUAAAAAACCACAUAUUAUACAGUUAACCGUUGUGUGUAAACAUCGUCUCUGAGCCUGACUAGAUGAGCUGGUGCAAUUGUUCUCAGUAAUGCUGUAACACAGGCGAUCGGUGGACGCCACACGUCUGUCUUUGUGUCUAGAAGUGACAGAAAACAUGAUAUCGUAGGACAUUUUGGGCUUUGUUUUCUUUUCCAAGCAGUGCGUCACUCGCAGUCCCGUUAAGAUCUGCCUCGAUCAUUUCCUUCAGCUCGGCUGCCGUCUUGAAUGUGGAGUAUCUUUGAUCACGGUCUGCGGUCACUUCCGCCAAGUUUGUCCGCCAUCGAGGAAGAAAAUAAACAUUAUUUUAUCUUCAUCCGCCAUGACUGUGUCCACCUUCCCAUUGAUAUCAUGACAUCUGUACAAUUUGUAUAUUAUAAAUUGAUUUAUAUUUAAUGUCUA